AUGAGUCGCAACACGCCCCUCCCCCCGGACUCGUACACUGCUCGCCGGCUCGAGCACGCCACGCCGCAGCAUCUACACCAGACCACCCACCGAGUCUUCAUCGGACCCAUACCUGAGGGCUGGCUGAAGAGCCAUAGGAAGCAGUGGUACAAGCAGUAUGUCGGCGCUGGGAAGAGAGCCCCCACAUUUACCGCCGCCCACCCCAUCGCGACCGUCGACGCCCAACAGGCGGGACAGGACGAGAGGAGCGACGAAGUGAGGACCUCAACGAAUUUAUCGGGUGAAGGCGCCGCUCUGCAAGAACCCGACAAUGCCACGAGUCAGACCAGUCUACUGCACAGCCAGCGCGUGAGCUCCAUCAGUGCUGUCAGUCGCACAGCCAACAAUGACACCCACGACGGUGCCCAGGAUGAGGCCCAAGCGACUGCCGCACCCGCCGUCCAGCCUACACUCCAGCAGCAGGGAGAUACGUCUGGGAUCGAUCGAGCGGCGACAAGAUUGCAGGUCCCCAAAGUGCGAUUCACAGAGGCGAGCAAGCUGCAACUACGCGCGAGAGCGCAGCGCCUUGCUGCUCGUGGCAACUUUCGAAGCUCACGAGUGAAAGAUGGCGAGAUGAUGAAGGUGGACAAAAUGCUCAUUCGCAUCGACAUUACCCAACAGUCCUUGCGAGAGGACUUUGACGAAAAGGUCAGCCAGGGCGUUGAGACCAAGAGCUUGGACAAAUGGCGUGAGUUUAUGGUCGUGUGUCGCAAGCAUACCGAAGAAGACGCCGAAUACGUAUUGCAAUUUUACCAGACAAGAGUGAUUGCAGUGUCAGAAGGGGACAAGGUCAAGAAGAAGCCCAAGGUGCAGAUUCUCCUCAGCAACAGAAGAGCAAGGGUCAACUUGUACUCGUCACUGGACAAGACGCUGUGCGUUUGGACAACCAACGGCCUACGCACCACCAUCUACUACCUGCGUGCUCAAUCUACUGCUGCGGCAGUCGAGUGGUAUACCUUCCUGCGCGGACUGCUGGGACAUAAGCGAGCUCAGGCUUUGCAGGUCAACAUUCCCGACUUGAGCGUCAGUCUGCGCUUGGACGAUCCGUUCAAGGCGCUCGAAACGUCUCAAACACUUGCGGAAGCUGCCGAGGGUGACGAAGAGGCGUUGGCGCGGGCUAUGAACGAAGAGAAGGGCGCUGCUGGGGCCAUUGUCUCGAGAUGCAUUGACAUGCUGAAGCAGACACCAGAGUGGGCUGAUGUUCUGAAAGCGUGGGCUCAGUACGAUCGGAUUGGUCUGGCAUGGAAGCGCUACGAUCGAAUUGAAUGGAUAUACGGCGCCGUGGAACAGAGAAUGUACGGCACCAUCGCAAUGCAACGAACUCACGACCUGGAACUACGACCCAAAGAUCACUACCCUCUGACCACCAAAAUCGCGAAUGGCCCGAGCAUUGAAGAGCCACCACCAGUUGAAGGCUUCCUCAUCAGGCUGACCUCACAAAAGGGUAAAGAGCGGAGGUUGGGCAAGAUGAUGUUCAAACGGUUGUACUUCACCAUCCAGAAUCAGUUCCUUAUGUUCCUUCGACCAGCAAAAGCGACGCCACCGCCGCCGCCAAAGAUGCCAAUGCGCCAGAAUGAUACUAGUGUGCCAUCCACAAAGGAGAUUUCCGAGCAGGUUCCAUUGGCGUACGACGUUGAGCCGUAUCCUCUUGAAGGUGAUCACAUCAAGUGGCUUGAUACGGAGGGCGUCAAAUCUACCCAGGACCAGGAGCGCCGUGACAAGGAAGCUUCUGCCGAAGCCGACCGCAAUGUUGACAUGGUGAUGGCCUCCGAUGGUUUCAUCAAUCUUUGCAACGUCAAGCGUGUUCGACAAUUCCACAGAGGUGCAACGCCAGCAGACGAAAAUUUGGAUGAGGGGUCCGACGUUGACUUUCAUACUCACGUGGACAACACCCGUCAGGACGAUGGAGGCACUUCAGAAGUGGAAGAAGACCGCGUUUUGGAGUUGGUCAUGAAGAAUGGGCUCAUCAUUCGGCUUCAAGCCUUCAGCAAAACUGCGAGGAAUGAGUGGAUGAAGCGUCUACGCGAUUUGGUUCAAUACUGGACCCAACGGACGAAAGCAGACAUGGACUUGUACAAACUAACAAGAGAGCAGAACCUCAAACAGCUGGGCAUCGACGAACGUGCCGAAGCAUACGUUGGCCAAUUUGCCCACAAGUGGGAGGUCAGCCAGUCGUAUGCCUCACCAAGCUUGUACAACAUGUGCGGUAUUGCAGAAUGCCGCACAAUUCACCUAUCUGGCACGUUAUUCCGCAAACCACGAAAACACACAACCUUUAACCGCUGCCACGUCAUCCUCUCUCACGGCCAUAUCCUCGUCUACCAGGAUACUUUACGUAAACGGACUGGCAAGAAGCUCGUUCAUAUCCAUCAUGAGCGUAUCGCCUCCAUCUCUCUCGAGGGAUGCUACCUCUAUUCUGGACUGCUUACUGAGAAUGACCUUCUGUACCAAAAUCAAACAUUCGACUCCAACGCUCCGGGCCACCACGCGCUGCCACGCAUCUACCUUGAAGACAACUGGACGAGCACGGACGAGGACGCCAUGACGACGUUUGUCAUCUGGCAUUCUAAGAGCAAGUCCUGGUUCAAGAGCUCGCAUUUCGUCGACGAUCUGAAACAACAAGAGCGGACCGAAGACGCCACCUCGAAACGAGCGAGGACGAAGACCAAAUUGACGAGAGUCAGCCAACUCGGCGCCACGGGACGAAGCGUCGUCUUCAAAGCCAGGAGCCGCGCCGAGAGAGAUCACUGGGUUUUGGCCAUUCAGGUCGAGAUUGAGAGACUUGCGGCGCAGAACGAGGAGGUGAGGAUUGUGGAUGAUGGGAGGGAUAAGAAGUAA